UAGUCCCACCGGUGGCCCCGUCGGGGCGGGCACGGCUCCGGGGGACCCCCGGGCCGCAACCCCAGGAUGUUUCUGUACUGGAGGAAGCGGGGUGCCUACGAGCUGGAGGCUUUGCCGCCCGGCCUGGCGGGCCUGGAGUACGGGGCGGUGGAGCGCUUCUCCUGGAGCUCCAGCCUGGACGUCAGCGAGGAGCUCGGGGCGGAGCCGUGCCCAGAAGAGGAGACAGUGCUGCACUGCCAGAAUCCCGACUGCGCCGGAGAGAGGAGGGCGGCCAAGGAAUGCCACCACGCAGAGUGCCAGCAGCUGAGCCGCAGCGGCCCCCUCAGCCUGUGUGAGCUCUGCGACGGCCGCCUCCAUGGCGCCAUGCACUUCGAUGGCCACAUCCGCUUCGACCUGUCCCCGCAAGGCUCCAUCCUGGCCCGCAACAUGUCGACACGUUCAUGCCCCCCGCGUACCAGCCCUGCCUCUGAUGUGGAGGAGGAGGAGGAGGGUCCAGUAGAGAGCAGAGGGGAACGCAGGAGCUCAGCAUUGAAGCUGCCCAAGAAGAAGGCUUGGCGCAGGCACACGGAUGACCCCAGCAAGGAGUGCUUCACCUUGAAGUUUGAUCUUAGCAUCGACAUCGAGGCAGAGAUCGUGCCAGCUGUGAAGAAGAAGUCGCUAGGGGAAGUGCUGCUGCCAGUCUUUGAGAGGAAGGCGAUCGAGCUGGGUAAAGUGGACAUCUACCUGGACCAGUCCCACACACCGCUGUCCCUGCAGUUCGAGGCGUAUCGCUUUGGGGGACACUACCUGCGGGUGAAAGCCAAGCCCGGGGAUGAGCUCAAGGUGGAGCAGGCAGUGAGAGAUGCCAGGUCAGCCAGCCUGCCCAUCCUGCACCCUGCCAGCAGUGCUGCAUUCCUUGGGCCAGUGCUGGAGCCACUGCCAGGACGCCGGGAGGGCACUGAGAGCCUGGCUCCGGGACGGCGGAGGAAGAACAUAACGGAGUUCCUGGGAGACGCCAGCAUCCCCAGCCCCGAGCCAGCCCUGCACGGCAGCAGCUCUCUGUCCACCAAUGGCACCGACACCUGGAAGAACCGCGCCGCCAGCCGCUUCAGCGGCUUCUUCGGUUCCGGGACUAGCACGGGCUCCUUCGGGCGGGAGACUGAGAAGCUGGAGCAGCUGGUGAACAGGCUGCACGCCUACAGCAUCUUUGGGCUGCCCAAGCUGCCACCCCAGCUCCGCUUUGACCGUGACUCCUGGGAGGAGGACGGGGACGAGGCUGGGUUGACGCUGGAGGACAGCUGGCAGCAGAUCAUCCAGGGCACAGAGGUCCUGUCACGACGGCAGUGCCACCAGCAGGAAGCCAUCUGGGAGCUGCUGCACACAGAGGCCACCUACAUCCGGAACCUCAAAGUCAUCACUGAUCUCUUCCUCUCCUGCCUGGUGAACCUGCAGGAAUCAGGGCUGCUCUGUGAGGUGGAUGCCGAGCGACUCUUCAGUAACAUUGGGGAGAUCAUCCAGCUGCACUGCAAGCUGUGGCGCAGUGUCAUGGCCCCAGUGCUGGCCAAGGCACGACGGACCGGGGCACUGCUUGACCCCAUCGACUUCCUUGAUGGCUUCAAGAUGUUUGGGUCCCUCUUCAAGCCCUACGUGCGGUAUUGCAUGGAGGAGGAGGGCUGCAUGGAGUACAUGCGGGCGCUGCUGCGGGACAGCGAGCUCUUCCGCACCUACGUGACGUGGGCCGAGAAGCAGGAGCAGUGCAGCCGCCUGAAGCUGAGCGACAUGCUGGUGAAACCUCACCAGCGCCUCACCAAGUACCCGCUGCUCCUCAAGUCUAUCCUGAAGAAGACGGAUGAGCCACGCGCCCGUGAGGCCAUCAACACCAUGAUCAGCUCUGUGGAACGCUUCAUCAACGACGUCAACUCGCGGAUGCGCCAGCGGCAGGAGCGGCAGCGCCUGGACGCCAUCCUCAGCAGGAUUGAUGCCUACGAGGUGGUGGAGGGCAGCACAGACGAGGUGGACAAGCUGCUUAAGGAGUUCCUGCGGCUGGACCUGACGGCGCCCAUCCCCGGCACCUCCCCAGAGGACACCCGGCAGCUCCUCCUCGAGGGCAGCCUGAGGAUGCGGGAAGGUAAAGACAGCAAGAUGGACGUUUACUGCUUCCUCUUCACCGACCUCUUCCUCAUCACCAAGCCCUUCAAGAAGGCUGAGCGCACCAAGGUGAUCCGGCAGCCCUUGCUGGUGGACAGAGUCGUUUGCCGGGAGCUCAGAGACCCAGGCUCCUUCCUCCUCAUCUACCUGAACGAGCUGGGGAGUGCUGUGGCUGCCUACACCUUCCAGACCAGUGGGCCCUUGUGCCGCAGCUGGGUCGAGGCAGUGCGCAAUGCCCAGGUGAGGGCACAUGAGUGGGUGAGUGGGGGACCCGUGGGUGCCCUGUGCACACCCCAUUUCUCACUGAUGACCCCCCUUUCCCAGAACCUGCUGCAGCGGCUGCGGCAGCGCCGGCGCAUGGAGGAGCAGGAGGAGGAGGACGAGGAGGACGAGGAGGAUGACGGUGAAAGUGGCACCUCAGCUGCCAGUUCACCUACCAUCCUGCACCACAGCAGCACCAGCCCGGACUCACAGCAGUGCCCGUCCGACGGCUCCACCGAGACACUUGCCGUGGCAGCAGCAGAUGGUGGCGAUGAGCUCUCCUCGCCAGACUGGGACACAGGACCCUUCAGCUCAACCUCGGAUGGCUCCUCCAUCAGCACCAGCACCUCCAUCGGCACGGGCACCUCUGCUGAGACCCCCACCUCCGCCGAGACCCCCACUCAGGAGCUGCCUGCAGGCGCCCUGCCCGUUCCCCUGCCCCACGGCGUGGCCUCCCCGGGCAGCGGCUGCCGCUCAUCCUCCAUCGACAGCGCCUAUGGCACGCUCUCUCCUGCCUCCCUGCGGGACUUCGGCCAGCAGCCAGAGGGGACGGGCAAGGAGGCGCAGGAGCCCUCCCGGGCCGCUCUGGCUCCACGGCCCGCCUCGCCCCGGCUGCGCCGCCGGACGCCCGUGCAGCUCCUGCCUUGCCCGGCCAGGGUGCUUAAGUCCAAGUCGGAGGCCAGCUUGCCCCAACUCCUGUGCCCCACUUCCCCAGGCCCCCUAAGCCAAAGCCGCAGCCUCUCUGACCUUUGUGCUGGUUCCCCCCGGACUAGCCAAGAUCCCGCACCUCUGCCUGCUCCCGGCAGCAGUGGCAGCUCCACAUCAGAGCUCUCAGAGCCAGAGGAGCCGGUGGAGAGCCCAGCAUCCCUCCCAGGGGAGCUCAGGCGUGACCCCCAACCUCCUGCCCGCCGGACCCUCUCGGAUCCCCAGUCGGCACAGCACCGCAAGCUGACACUGGCGCAGCUGUACCGGAUCCGGACCACGCUGCUGCUCAACUCCACGCUGACGGCCUCGGAGGUCUGAGUGCCGCUGGCGUGGAAAAGGACAGAUGCAUGGAUGUACCAAGGAGCUUCUCCUGCUUCUAACCGUAGCGUAAUGCCGGGGCCGGGAAGAGCGGGCACUGGGAUGCCACGCUGGUGGGGACAUGGAUGGGGAUGCAGACCAGUCCCCUUGGCGAGGACGUGUCCUGGGCAUGGCGGUGCGGGGCUGGACGUGGCACACGGCUUGUGCUGACCCCCUUGUCCACAGACAUGAGAGUUGUCGAGCAGGGGGCCCUGGGGCUGUGGGGGGCUGCGGGAGACUCUGGGUCAGCUCCUGCAGGUGAGGAAGGGAUGAAGACGUCGGCAGUGGUGAGUGGGGAAGGUGCUGAGAGGGAUGUGGUGCUGGUGGCACAGUGCUGUGGACAGCACAGGGAGGAGGCUGGGGCUGGUGGCAGGAGAGGACGGUGCAGGGCUGAGGCAGGUUUGCCCUGUGGGGUGGCAGUGGAUGGCAGCACCUGGGACCGGAGUGUGGGAGCCACGGUGGGACAUGCGCGGUGGCCAGAGCCCCGGCUGCCCCCCCAUGCUAAGCUGCACUCCACGUCCCAGCUGAGCAAUAAAACCAGCUG